AAACUGCAAUACCCAUCUGUGCAAAGGACAUCAGUGAUGAUCUGAUGAAGGAGUUUGCCUUUCUGUCUGGUGGAAGGGGCAAGGACAAGGCCUGGAUCAUCACCCUGCCUGACAACGCUGGCUUCAACCAGGUGCCCGAGGAGAGCGUGGCCAGAGUGCUCACCUACCUGACCUCAGUGCCCAGUCAGCAUGAGUCUGACACCAAAUUUAUCCUAAUCCUGGACAGAAGACUGGACACAUGGACAUCAGUGAAAACGACUCUCCAGAAAAUAGCAGCAUCCUUCCCAGGGAACCUGCACUUGGUGAUGGUCCUGCGGCCCACAGGCUUCUUCCAGCGCACCUUCACCGACAUCGGCUUCCGCUUCAGCCAGGAGGAUUUCCUGCUCAAGUUACCGGUGGUGAUGCUGAGCUCGGUCAGUGACCUGCUGACGUACAUCGAGGAGCAGCAGCUGACCCCCGAGCUGGGGGGCACCCUGGAGUACUGCCACAGCGAGUGGGUCAUCUUCAGGACGGCCAUCGAGAGCUUUGCCCUGACUGUGAAGGACAUUGCCCAGAUGCUGCAGUGCUUUGGCACGGAGCUGGCCGAGGCGGAGCUGCCCGAGGACAUGUUCUGCAUCGAGCGCCUGCUGGCCCUGCGCACCGAGAGGUACCUGCAGCUCAAGGAGGAGAUCACGGCAGUCACAAAAGAGGGCAAGUUGCUUUUGAGCAGUUUUGAAGAGCCAGACUCAGGGGAAUGCAGUCAGGAGCAGCAGCAGGAGAGGCCUGGGGACUGGGAGACAGUGAAUCGGUUGCUUGGUCAGCUGCGUGAGAUGGAGACUGCUUUUGAUGGCUUCUGGGAAAAGCAUCAGUUAAAAAUGGAACAAUAUUUACAACUCUGGAAGUUUGAGCAAAGUUUUCAAGAGGUGAAGAGUGCCAUUGAAUUUUUAAUGGGGCAGCAGGCGGAGCUGCCCGACACCGGCGACAGCGUCCCCCAGGUGAAGCAGAGGCUCAAGGAGCUGGAGAGCUUGGAUGGCCUGGCUCAGGAGCUGAUAGGGAAGGCUCAGGUGGUGAUCCUGCACGGGCACCAGCUGGCUGCCAACCACCACUACGCGCUGAACCUGAUCUGCCAGCAGUGCAACGAGCUGCGGCACCACUGCGACCUGCUGGCCGAGCACGGCAAGAGGAAGCAGCUGCACCUGCAGAGGACCCUGGAGCUGCACACCCGCCUGCAGCAGGCCCUGCAGUGCUGUGAUGAAGGUGCCUACCUGCUCGCCAACCAGCAGAUGGACAAGUGCCAGUCUAAAGAAGGCGCCCAGAAAGCUCUCCAGGACAUAGAGAGAUUUCUUGAAAGCUCGUCAUCCUACUUGAACUAUGAUCCCCAAGCCCUGCAGGACGAUUUUGAGUCUGUUUUGACACCUGAGCUGAAGUGCCAGCUGCAGGCCGUGCAGGGGAAGCUGGACAGCGUGCGCAGCAUGUUUGAGAGCAGGCAGUGCUGCUUCAGGAGGCUGCUGGACAAGCACGUGAGGCCCGUGCAGCUCGUGGCUCCUCGGCCAGAGACCCCACCCCGGGCCAAGUCACCCCUGUUCUCUCCUAAGCACGGUGUAGAUUUUAAUUCCAGUUUGAAAUUUUCAUUUGAUCUUUCUCUCCCUGGGAAGAAAACUUCAAGAAAAACUCCAAGUUCUCGCAAGAUCGAGGUCAUGCACGACUACCAGGAGAAGAGGAAUUCCUUGCAGUACUUCAUUUCAGACAGUGAGGACAGCUUGGAUGUGCUGAAAGGGCACGUGAUAAAUGAGCUUAUAGAAACAGAGAGAGUGUAUGUGGAGGAGCUGUUCACAGUUCUGACGGGCUACAGAGCAGAGAUGGACAACCCUGCCAUGCUGAUCCUGCUGCCCCCCGUGCUGAGGAACAGGAAGGAUGUGCUCUUUGGGAACAUGCCUGAGAUCUACGACUUCCACAACAAGAUUUUCCUGCACAGCCUGGAGAGCUGCCUGGGAGCACCCGAGAGAGUGGGAUGUUGUUUCCUGGACAGGAGGGAGGAUUUCCAGAUGUAUGAGAAGUACUGCCAGAACAAGCCCCGCUCCGAGUCCCUGUGGAGGCAGUGCUCUGAGAGCUCCUUCUUCCAGGAAUGCCAAAGGAAACUGGAGCACAAGCUGGGGCUGGACUCCUACCUGCUGAAACCUGUGCAGCGGAGCUGCUAAAGUACAGCACGAGCUGUGAUGGGGUUCAGGAACUUCAAGAAGCUCUGGUUGCAAUGCUGGAUUUGCUGAAGUCAGUCAAUGACUCCAUGCAUCAGAUUUCAAUCACAGGCUAUGAUGGUGACCUGAGCGAACUGGGGAAAGUAUUGAUGCAGGGAUCUUUCAGUGUUUGGGCAGGACACCGAAAAGGGCCCACAAAGAUGAAGGAUCUGGCCAGGUUCAAGCCCAUGCAGAGGCACCUGUUCCUCUAUGAGAAAGCCUUGGUCUUCUGCAAGAAGAGAGAGGAGCACGGGGAUGGAUAUGACAAAACCUCAUCCUACAGCUUUAAGCACUUUCUGAAAAUGAAUGCAGUUGGGAUAACUGAGAAUGUGAAAGGAGACCAUCGGAAAUUUGAGAUCUGGUACAGUGGGAGAGAGGAGGUGUAUGUGGUGCAGGCCCAAACAGUAGAUCUGAAGAUGGCAUGGUUGAAUGAAAUAAGAAAAAUUUUGUUCAAGCAGCAAGAGCUUAUAAAAGGAAGCAGCAGAGAGCCUCCAUCAGCUCGGAGGAGAACGACUCGGAGCGCACCAGCCCGGUGCUGCUGUCCCCCCAGAGCAAACCCCACAGAGGCUGGCCAGGAAUGUCCCAGUCCCUGGAGAUCUGCGAGGGGCUGGAGGAGUGGGCGGGCCAGCAGGAGCUGUCCAACUGCUCGGACACCGAGGAGGAGGAGGGCACCCAGCUGUCUCCAGGAAAAUACAAAGCCCUUGCAGACUGCAAGAGGAGAGGAUCAGAGGACCUGCUGGUGAAAAACGGGGAUGAAAUUCAGCUCUUGCAUGAAGAUGGUGAGGGACAGUGGCUGGUGAAGAACCUCAACAGAAGGAAAGAAGGCUGGAUCCCUGUGCACAGUCUGCAGAUUGUGGUCGGGGACUGCAGGUUUCGGAAUGCCAAAGUUGCAGAUGCUGCCCUGUGUAACACCAGAAAGUUUAGUUCCCCUUGAACUGAGGGUGAACUAGCAGCAUCCCAUUUUCGAUGCUCUUGGGAAGCUUUCAGCUCAGUGUUACAGAGAAAUAGCACAGUAGUUGGAGCUGUCCUGUCCUGUUCAUCACAUUCACAGACCUCCACAGCCUCAUCUGCACUGAGUGGGACUGGGGUCCUAAGCAGCUUCUCAUGCUCAUAAAGGAAGCCAUUCUCUGCUCUUUGGUUUUGUUUGCCUGUGGAAAUGAUGGUAUUUUAUUCAUUUUCCUGCUGUUUUUCCAUGACAUACAUCAUGUUUCAUCAGAGAAGUACACUACAGUUUCCUGACACUUCGUUUAGAUGCUUGAAAUCUCCUCUGCAGGUUGAAGUAGGUUUUGCCUACAUACUAGCUGACAAGUGUUGAAGUUGCAAACAAGAGUUGAGUUUUGGUAAACCAAAAAGAAAAAAAAAAAAAACCAAACCAAGAAGCUGUAUGUCCUGCUUAAUUGAUUUUAUGGGUGGAUUUUUCUUAACUAUCUGCUUCAGCUGUGUGAAUGUAAUGUUCUGUAAGAGCAUCAUCUGGCUGACUCCACGUGAGGAAGCAAUAACACUAAAGAUCCUCUUUUUGCACUUGGGGUCUGACUCCAGCCCACUGCAGUCAGCCUCCCUGAUCUCAGUGGGGUCUGGGUCAGCUCAAACUGACACCUCAGGGUUGUCACCAAUCACUUAGGGUCCCAAAGCGUCCCAGGGCUGAAACCUGUAUCUAGCAAGUGUUGAAGUUUACAUUAAUGUAUGUACCUUUGGAACACGUGCCAUAAAUCCGAGCUAAAUGUCCAUGUUUGCACUAAGGAUGUUCUUGUGAUAAGACUUUUUCAGCAUCUUUAACAAUAAUGUAUCUACUGAAUUUUUGAGAAGGGAAAAAGAAUGUUGAAGACUGAUAAUUUAAUUUUGUGUUUCUUUGUCUAGUUUUGCUUUUGUAGAACUUAGGUAGGUACAGGUGGUUUGAACUUUUGAGCAGAUGUGUGCAAAGAGCACCUGAGUGUGUGGAGAGCAGGGUUAAUGGUGUGCAUGCAGUAGUGAGUUUGCUCUGCCCCAGCCAAAGGAAAUGUUUAUUCCGUGGACUAAAGGGGGACCUUUAUGAUCUGAUUUUCAUUUGUGAGCUGGUCCUUAGGCACAGGUUAGGUCAGAAGGUGCUGGGUUUGUUUUGUGCCUGUUGUUGUGUGGAGCAGUUGCUGAGCUGCUGCCUGGGGUGGCCUGGGUUCCCCAGCCCCCAGUGGCUGCUCCUCCAGGACUGGGGGGAACCCUGAGCCCCUCAGAGCCAGGCCCAGCUGAGUCUGAGCUGAGCAGCCCCAGAGCCAGCACAUCCCGUGUCCUUCACUGGAGCCACAGUGCAAGCACUGCAGGCUCUGUUCCUCUGCUUCCAAAUCAAUCACAAUGCACUCAUGAGGUGGGAAAGUCUUAAUUACUGUUGGGGCUCUUUCUAGUGGUUACAAUUCUUGUGCUAACAAUACACAUUUUGAGGUACAAUGUAAAUAUUUGUCUGAAACACAGCACACAUUGCAUAUUGAAUGAUUUUAAUCUUUUUUGUCUUCCAUAGUUUUAAAUCUUAGCUUUUAUUAAUUUAUGAGGUUGAUAAGUUCUGCAAAUCUGAAUGUACAGUCUGAGGUUUUUAACAUUUGAAACUUUGCACACAUGGUAUGUUCCCCUGAGUAUGCUGUUGAACUAGGCUCUCCAUGUAUAUGUAUAAAUGACAGUAGAGAAUUUUCUCUGACUGCAAGUUUAAAUGAACUAUAUUGUAUAUGUACCUGUAAAAAUGUGUUAAAUCUAUAUUUAAAGAUUAAAAACUUGUUAAAUAAAUCCAUCCGAGAAUA